AUGGCCGGGCUCGCGAUGCUGGUGGCCGCCGCCUUGGCGCUGUGCCUGCUGCUGGCGCCCCCCGGCCUCGCGUGGUACAAGGAGGCGGCGGGGCCGGGCUACUACUCCGUGGGUCGCGCCGCGGGGCUGUUGUCCGGCUUCCGCAGGUCGCCGUACGCGCGGCGCUCCGAGCCGCCCGUGGGCACGGGACCCCCGGGACGGGCUGGCGCCUUUCCGGAGCUGCGCCCCAGCCUGCGGAGCCUCGCCGUGUGCGUCGAGGACGUUACCCGGAACCUGCAGAGCUGCGAGCGGUUCCCCGACGGCCGAGCCAUGUUCCAGUGCAAGGCCGACGUCUUCCUGUCACUCCGCGCCGCGGACUAUCGCAGCACGUGA